CAGGCACAACAACCCUCUCCAAACUUCUCCACUUAUUUCUUCUACUCCCUUUUCUACCAGUUGUUCUUCAGUUAUGGAAGUUAUGGUGCUCUUCCUUCUCCUUCUCGCCAUGCCUGGUGGUUCUGGCGCAGCUUGGUGUACCUGUAGACCUGAUGCCAGCGACCCAGCUCUACAAAAGACUAUAGACUAUGCUUGUGGAGCUGGAGCUGACUGUAAUCCCAUUCUACAAAAUGGUCUCUGUUAUAACCCCAAUACUGUUCUUGCUCACUGCUCUUAUGCCGCUAAUAGUUACUAUCAGAGGAACAAUCAGGUUCAGGGAGCUUGUGACUUUACAGGCACUGCUACUGUUACACCAACAGAUCCUAGCAGUAAUGGCUGUAUUUAUCCUGCAACCUCAAGUGCUGCAGGGACAAGCAGUGCUUCUGGAACAGCAACCUCCACUCAGAACCCAGCCUCAUCCUCUACUCCAAACAGCUUAAAUCCAACCCAAACUGGAACAGGAGUCUUGGGAGGUCUUGGUCCUUCAGGAAUCAGCACAAAUAUAGAUGGCAGUGCUGCUGCUGGUUUCCUCUCAAGUCCAAUUGUCCCUCCUCUCUUACUCACAAUAUUGUUAUUAUUUGGCUUGGUUUUUCCUCAAAGGAGCUGACUGAAAUAGAAGAUAAAAUUUUGUUUAAGAUAUAUUUGAAAAUUAUUAGAAUUAUUUUGAGAUUUAUGUAAAACAAAUUCUCCAUUGUGACCAAAACUAUAUUAGGAUAUCCCUGCACUU